UAUUAUAUUUUUGACUUGUAUAAUUAGGGGCUGGGCCACGCGAAAAAAGCUGGCACGCUACUGCCGACAUCGAGUGUGUAAUCCACUAUUCUUAUUGGUUAUAUUUAAAGCUUUCUGACUGGUUUGAACCAGUUUCUUUCUAGAAGUGACGAAGAAGAGUGAUACUGAAUUUUGCUAUUCUAGAAUACGAAACAGAAGACUUAAACUUAAUCUGCUCUUGACUAGAAGAGCGGGACACCUUUCCUCCAGUAACGUUGCCAUUACUAUCUGCAAUCUUCAAACAAUCUCAUGCUUACCAAACUCUCUGCUCUACUGAUGUUCUUGCAAAGCAAAAACGAAAUCCAUUAUCUAAUAUUGCCAAGCCUCUUCUAGUUUAUUGAUCGAUUGCUUAUUGUCACCUAAUUUUGCAUCUGUUUCAAUGAAAUGGUCUUGUAUAUUGCACACAUCACCAUGCAUUUCUUUUAAUUCAUCAAAUUUAACUAAUCCAUUAGAAGAUAUGGUGCAACCGAUGGAGCAGCAGAAUAGAGAAGGGGUAUAUAACUCGACCGACUUUCUAACUCAAACCCCACCAGCGUUAAUAAAAGGAAAAUAAAUUCGUCUUAAAACUUUUACUUGAAAAGGGAAAUUUUCGUAUCUAACCCUAGUUCUUUCGGCCAUGACCAUGCAUGCUACAUUGUUCUUGUUUCCAAUACUUCAAAUAAUUAUCUUCUGUUUUUUUUAAAGAUCAAUUCAUAUUUGACUCUUUGCUUUUCAAAAUUUACAAAAUAACAGGAUGUAAAUAAAUAGCAAGGAAGUUCUACAGCCCCGUAAACAUGCAGGUUUAAAAGCUCCUAUAAUGCUUUUUCGUGGUAAGAUUCCCAGGCAUCUAAUUGAUUAAACAAUGGAAUACCUGUUCCUUUUUCGACUCCAUUGUUCGAUUUAAAGAUCAAGAGAUCAGCCAAUAAAUUUUGUUUUGAUCAAACACUGAGGACAAGAUUUCUUGCUACGGUGCAUUUAAAAAGCUGGGUACAGUUUAAAACGACACAUCGCAAUAAUAAUAAACGGAUUUCGUUCGAAAAGAUCAGGCGACAAUGAUGCAGCUGCAUGCAAAGAAUCUCUGGCUUUGCUUCAAGCAGAUCUGCAGUUCGGGACACUUUCUGGUAAAUUCACCCACCACGAGCACGCUAAAACACUUGAGCAGUGCAAAUCUGCUUGUUGUCGACGACAUGGAUGUGAUGUAGCGUACAUGAAAGGGAGCAGUUGCUACUCUGUGGAUUGCAAAGAUGAGAAAUCGUGUUUAUGGGUGGAUGCGAGUGGUCUCUCUGAGCCUAUAAAAUUGGUUUAUAUCACUCAUACUGAUGUGAAAGCUCAUCUCUCGAAAGGAAAUGCUUCCAAAGCUGAACAUGCUGAUGUAUCUACGCAGAGACAUGAUGCUCCGACGUCGAAGACGUUUGAUAUGCAUUCGAGUCUGCCUGCAGAAGGCAGCAUUGCUCCAACUGAACAGCCCACCCGUAACAUAACAACACCUUCACAGGUCAACCAACUACUUCAAACAACGACAUCACCUUUACCAGCUUCCACAACCAGUAUCACUAAUGCUGAUCAUGAUAUUUCACAAGGUGACGAAAGGGGUACGAGAAGGAAUAUGGUCCCUACAAUAUGGUCAUCUGAGCCCGUUGAAAGCAACGUAUUGUCCAGCUCAGCUUAUAAUAAUGCCAGCGAAUUGCCAAAGAUUCUUCUUCAGGACCUAGCAAAUGCAAACUCAAGUGAAGGUAGCCAAGUGCUGGCAGCUGGAGAGCCUAAAGAAGAUUCAGACUUGUCUGAAACUGAUCAGAACCUUGCGACAGUUUUUGAAGAAUCUGAUCUUGGUGCGGCUACAAAUGCCAACGAGGUCGAAAGCGACGAAUCAAAACCCAGACAGAUUCUACUCCAAGAUUUAGAGAAAAUUGGCUUAUCACCAACAGGUAAGAAAACAAAAGACUUGGAAGAUCAAGAGCGUUUGAGUGAUAACGACGCUGUGCAGAAGACAAAUCUAGCCAACACGCUAUUCCAGAGGUACCAGAGUGGGUAUGAUAGCUUUAGUGAUGGGGAAAGUGUUGCAAGUCAGAGACUAAAUCAGGCAAUGGCUGGCCCCUUGAUAGGCAGCGAAUCUGAAGAUGAUCAGGUUGACAGUCGAGACUGGAUUGUUGACGAGCUUGCGAAUGCUGGGACUGGGACGCAAGUGCCACAAGAUGACUUCGUUUGGUCAAAUGCUGCAGAAGACCUGAUGCUGAGCACCAAGCGAAUGCCUUCUUCCCCAACUACAGCAUACCAAGACCAAGAGAGCUUGCCACGUGAUCUUAUCGAUCAAGACAGUGAAAAUAUUAUGCUGACAAACCCGACCGCCUUCCAAACGACAGUCCCCGCCUCAGACCAUGAGUUUAGCAAGUAUGAGGAACGUGACUGGGAGGAACCAAAUAAUCUACUGCCAGAGUUCGGAACAGAUAGUUUAGGGGCAUUUGUUGAUCAGAACGGUGCUUCUGGUAAUUAUGGUGAUGUUGGGGAUGAAAUCGACUUUGAAGUAGUGAAGCAGAUUAAAAAAAGUAAAAUCCCAUUGCCAACAGGCAGCGUUAAAGCUAACGGCAAAGGUGCAAAAAAUACAACAGAAUCUGAUUCCAAAGCCAGCCAAAGCCAACUGUCAAGAAAUGCUACCACUGACGGUGGAGAAAAGACUAACUCGAACAGUAGCCAAGGUACAAUACAAACGAAAGCAAACUACCAAGUGACGAAAAAACAAGAAAACAAAAUGACAAACUUUACUGUUAAGACGAGAACUGAUAAUACCCAUCACAGAAAUGUUUCACAACACAAGGAAGGUGAAAGGGUGGUCUCUUACAAUGUUUUGCUGCAUGCAGACAACACCCCUCUGCCACCCAGCAAAACAAGAGACCAGAUCGGUCCACCUUCCUCAACUGUAAGCUCAGCUGCGGGGAAAGUUUCUCAGAUGGGAAGGAUGUCAAACACACAUGAUUUUUUUAGAAACGGUAAUAGUAGUCUACACCGUCAUGUAACUAAACACCACCAACGCACAUCAGAAGGGCACAAGAAAUACGUAUCUAAGCAAAAGAGUAAGCCUCUGGUGACGAAAGACCUGCAGGACAGGUCUACCGUGCUAUCAAGUGAACCAAAGAGAAUACCGUCUUAUAAAAUAAACAAACUUCAUAAGGAUGAAGAAUCAAAAGAGAAUACCAAAAUAAUAAAGGAAGCUACAAAGCUCUUAGUAUAUCAAAAUGAUUCUUGGCUGCCAAAACCUAAUGACAACAAAGCACAGAGGAUGGUUAGCCAUUUGAUGACCUUUGGCAAGACUUCCUUAAAAAUAGCAGAGUGUCUUAGCAAUGGCACAAAACCUUGUGUUGAUCAAAAUGAUGAGAAAAAAACCAAGCUUUUCAAUGCCUUUUUUAAGCUACAUUCAGAUGAUAUAAGAUCAAGACUUGCUAAUCGGUUAGUAGAGAUUGGAAAAGCAGCAAUGACGAAAGGCAAAGAACUACAGAGCGGACAACACUACGGUGAACAAGAUGAUUUACUCCAUGAGAUAACAGGGUCAUUUAAAGCUCAAGGCCCGUUGUUGAAGCAGGAAACUAAUGUUGAUGACCUAAGUUAUUCGAAUCACACCGCUAGACAUAAUACUGAAAAUAAUGACAGACAUAUGGAUGUCGCAUCACCUGAUAGCAAAUAUAAAGGUGUUGAAACCAGCAAAUCGGUAAAUGUCUCAACUAUUCUGAUUGCUGAUGGGAGUAGAAUAAAUCAGGCUAACGAUUCACAAAAUCGAAUAAAUACUAACACUAGGGUUGCCAAUGAUGAUAGCUACAAAGCCCACUUGAUGGCAGCAAUUCAAAAUGCCUCUCCUACAUACCAUAAAACAGCAUUAUGCAGCCAUGGACAUAUGCACCGAAAUGUUAUACCAAGAUAUGCGCUGCAUUCUGGGGAAAUUGUACUGCAUGGAAUAGUUGCAAGUAUGGAUAGAUGCAUAAAGUAUUGCUGUGCAUCAGAUACCUGUAAUUUAGCGUUACUUGUCAAAAUGGAAUGCUUUACGAUCACUUGCAAGUCAGAGUUUCAUUGUCAGUUCAUCCCUAAUAAAGGCCAUAGAAAAACCGAGGCUGUCCAUGUUUACCGAGGAGGUCUGCGUUUCAAAUUUAAGAAAAGUAGCCAUAGCAAGGACCAAAACACUGGAAAGAAAAAGUCUAGUAAAGACCAUAUCAUUGCACAGAAGAAUGAUAUUGGCAGGUAUCAAAAUACAAUAAAGCCAUUAUUUAAAAAAGGCCACGAAACUGUCUUGAGCCACAAACAUAGAGGUCUUAAUAAGUCAACUGUAGAAGACAGUACACGCUAUUUAGCGAUUAACAACUCUUUUAGAAAUAGUUUGCCAUUUGGUCAAACAAAUGUAUCGAAUUCCGGCCUUAGACAUUCCGCCAUUUCUAGAAAGUCGAAUCAAAAUGACCAGAGCAAAUUGAAAAAUCGUUCAGUUAUCAGCAAUGCAUCUCUGCUGCUUAAAGAUGCAAUAGCACAAAGCAAGGCAUUGAAGGGGAAAAGUUCCCUUCAUCAAGACUCAGUCGAUAAAAACAGCAUGGUCAAUGCUACUUUGUCAUCAAAAACAUCAUCAUCAUGGACCAGCAGCAAACGAAAGCCAUUGACAACACCAAAAGCAACAUAUAGAACAGUAGCAACGACAAACUUGUCAAGGAAGACCUCAUCGAUGUCAGGAAAGCAAACGGGAACGUCACGCAAAAGCAAAGAUUCAAGCACAGGUCUCAGAAUAUAUGAAGAUCGUUGGGUCAGUCAGCCUCAAAUGAGUGACAUAGCGAAGCAAUCAGUCAAUGCUCUUAGUGCAACAUCAAAACAUCAGAAAACAAAGCAACCAAGAAAUCAAUAUGACACGAAACCAUUAGCAUUACCAGCAGGAACAAAUAUCACAAGAUCAGCUAGCCAUGUAAAGCAGACGAGUAAAGUAACAGUUGAAUUCAAUAACACAACGCCAAAAGAAAGACUUCAAAUGACAAAAACACAUAAUCGACGACACAAGGUUGGACGAAGCAAACAACGAUUUGAAACUACACAAGCAACACCAGCUCGUCGUUUUAGUCAAGUGAUGCCAACAAAAACGACACACGCAGCAAAAACAACCUUGCAUACUGCAAAAACGACUUCACCUACAACAACAACAGCAACAACAACAACAACAACCCAAACUCCUGUAACAACUGUCCAAACAGCAGCAGCAACAACCCUUUCUGCAAUAACAACAACACCAAGUGCACUUACAAAAAUCUCAUAUGGAGCAGCAACAACUCCACGUGCUGCAACAACAUCACCAGUUUUGGCGCUCAAAACAACAGAGAGAGCAGUCGUAUCAAAGAAACCAACAACUGCAUCAGGUAAAAGCUAA